AUGGUGCGUGACGCCAACGCCCCCGCCGGCGGCGCCGCCACGACGCGCAUGUUCUACUGCGACGCUUGCCCCGCCUCGUACACGCACUUCGACUCGCUGAAGCGACACCGGCGCGGCCACGAGGCCGCCCGCAAGGGGGCGCCGCCGCGGGACAAGCACACAUUCGCGUGCGUCGUGUGCGGGCGCGUGUUCGCGACGAGCCUGCAACGCAAGAGCCACCUGGCGACGACGCACUGCAAGGUAGCGACGCAGCCGGACGACAAGGAGGCCGCACCACCGCCUGAUAGCGCCCGUAAGGUGGCGCCACCUGCUCGCGCCCGCAAGAUGGCGCCGCCGUCCGAAGCGUCGACCAACUCGGCGGCGGGGAGUUCCGACUCCGAGGAGGCAGCGACGAAAACGCGACACCGUGACGCUGCCGCCACCAGGGCGGCGCACCGGUCGCCGGCAUCGACUAAGGCGGAGUGGACGUGCUUCGUGUGUAAGGCCGUGUUUCCGGAGCGACGCAUUCUCAACACGCACGUCUACAACAACGGACACUUCCCCGCGAUGAUGGCGACGGCGACGAUGGGUGUGCUCAUCACUUCGCACGUUCCCAUGGCGACGGCGGCCAUCGACGCCGUCGCCCGCGGCAACCAUUACCUCGACGAGCGAUACGACCGGCCGAAAUCCGCCGGCGUGUACCGCAACCAGGUGGCGCCGGCCGCCGCGUCGCCGCUCACCCCACAGGUGACGCCACCGGCAUUCGCGUGCGGCGUGUGCGCGGGGCGCGCGUUCGACAGCUGGGAGGCGUUGACCGUUCACAUGUCUCUCCACACGACGUGUCCAAUCAACGUCAUCCGCGUCAAGAGGGAGGCGGGGGAGAGCGAUGGCGACGCGCCCAUGGCUGUGGGCGGCGGCAGGUUCGACACGCUGUACAAGUGUGCGCUGUGCGACGAGGCGUUCCGCACGAUAGAGAAGUACGGGGUGCACAUGCGCACCCACCACGCCCAAUGCUGA